AUGGAAAGACCGCUAUGGGUACGUUGGGCAAAAGUCUGGGCCGUUGGUGGUGGUAUCAUCGGUUCAGGCCUCUUAUUAUUCAAAUAUACCACCCCUACAGAUGAAGAAUUAAUUAAUGCACUUUCUCCAGAAUUGAGAGAACAAUACGAAAAACAAAAGGUGUUACGUAGGGAAGAACAAAGACAGUUGAUGGAUUUGGUGAAACAAACGUCUCAGAGCAAUGAUCCUAUUUGGAAAACUGGCCCAUUCAAUGCUCCUUGGGAAGGGAAACAAAAUACUGAGGCAGUAUUUAAUAGUAUUCAACAAAAUGAAGCAGAGACUAGACAAAAAGAAGAUUUACAGAGGGUCAUGGCUGAUUUAGAUACUUUAAGACAAAAAAGUGAAUUAAGGACGCAGGUGAUCGUUAAUGAAAAGAAGAAAAACUGGUGGAAAGUAUGGUAA